AAAGCGAAAACCCAAAAAAAAAAAGCGAAAAAAGUGGGAGCCGCAAAAAAUUCCAGGUGUCAACAAUUUAUGGCAAGCUCAACUUACAACAUUUCACGCGCGCGAGUAACCGAACAAACACACCCACAAAUCAUCUCAAAAGAACCACUUAACUUAACUCCGGAUAUUUUAUCUUAUCCAAUUAAAAAAAAAAACAAAAAAAACGAAGGGAGUAGAAAAAACAGACAAAGCUACGCCACGUGUAUUAAGCGAACUUUGAACAUGAGCCACAAGCUUCCACUCUCUUCUGGAGAAUUCUUUCAAUAUUUACCCCUAACAAUAACAUUAAAACCCCAAAAUACCCUUCAUACCCCCCAAAAAAAUCCACCCACAUAUACCCCCCUCUUCUCGCUUCCUCAUCCUCCUCCUCCAAAAAAAAAAAAUAUCCUUACACACUUUCUCUCUCUUGCGUGGCAUCCUCUGCGUUUUCUUUCACAUCCUCCAUACUUCCCAAAAUCUUCCGUUUUAUCUCUCUUAUUUGCCUUUCUCUUCGAAUUCCUGAUUUUUGAAAAUUUUCAGGAAUUUUUAAUUAAGCUGAAGAAAGUAGAAAUUCUAAUUUCUGGAGAAUUUUUUUUUUUUUGGAUGUUAAUUUGGUGAAAAUAUUGAGAUCGAAGAAGUUUGUAACCUUGAAUCGAUGCUUUCUUCUACUAUGGUUGCUCAAGAAGAGACUAGUGUACCUCAAUCGAGUUCAGGUGAUGGGGUUUCUGGAAUUCAUUCCGGAGCAGGGGAAAGCCAUGUCCCAAAGGUUUUGAUCAUAACCUUCAUUUUACAUGGCUCCUUACUUGGGGAUCAUUGAUUUCGAAACUUGAAUUGUUCAGUGUGCCUUACUCUUCUUCUGUCCAAUUUCCUUAUCUGAAAACAGAUUCGAAAGCCGUAUACGAUAACAAAGCAAAGGGAAAGGUGGACAGAAGAAGAGCAUAAGAAAUUUCUUGAAGCUUUGAAACUUUAUGGCCGAGCAUGGAGAAAGAUAGAGGAGCAUGUUGGGAGCAAGACGGCAGUCCAAAUCCGUAGUCAUGCCCAGAAAUUCUUUUCAAAGGUCCAUUGUUCACUCUUUACCCUGGUUUAAUGUGGUACGGGAAACAAAUAACACCAAUGCAAACUCGGUUGACCCUAUUGAGAUUCCACCACCUCGUCCUAAGAGGAAACCGUCACACCCAUACCCUCGCAAACUUGUGCUUCCAUCCAGAAAUGAUAUGGCUAUGGAGCAGCAAGCAAGAUCUGCAUCUCCGAAUUCUUGGAUCUCUGAGCAAGAGAAUCAGUCCCCUACUUCAGUUUUGUCUGCUGUUGCCUCGGAUACAUUGGCGUCUGCAGAGUCAGCUACACCGAAUACCAGCCCAUCGCCAAUGUCUUCCGGUGAUUUUGCUGACCAAGUUGCCAUGUUCCAAUCGGAAGAUAAUGCACCUCAAGGCGAGGUGCAUGUUUCCAACUCAGUGCCAAUUGUUCCAGCUUCAGUGAAAUUGGAGCUUUUUUCAGAUAAGGAGUCAUUUGACAAGGACGAAUCAGCUUCUACAAAGGUCUUUAAACUGUUUGGAAAAGAUGUAGUAGUCCCUGGAUCCUCAUCUGAUUCACCGAGUUGCCUGAGCAAGUCGCCCUCUUCGGAUAUGGGGGAAGGAGUACUCCAGGCAUAUCCAGAAGAUUAUAAGUCUGCUGAUAUUCCUAUGAGAUCUGUUGAAACUUCAGAGGACCUUCCAACAUUUUACUACAUGAAUAGAAGUGCAAACCAGGUAGAGAAACCAACUCCUCUACCAUGGUGGGUUUUCUUCAGAGGAAUAUCAGUUCCCCCAUUUGGGGAUACGCAAGAGAAGGGAAGUGCAAGAGAGGGAUCAUCUGCAGAUUCAGAUAGUGAUUCCGUGAACGGAGGAGAAACUUUAGACAAGAACUGGGAGACAGAGACAGAGUCUGGUCAAUGUGGUCCAUCAUCUCACAAAGAAAGCAAAUUUUUAGAGGAUCCAUGUCCUGAGAAAGAAUGCACUUUGCUGGAGAAGAGAAUUAGUGUUGACAAGGCUAGAAAGGGCUUCGUCCCAUAUAAAAGAUGCGUAUCGGAGAGAGACAUGCAAUCAUCCAUGAUAAGCAGCGAAGAAAGAGAAAGUCAAAGAAUUCGGCUUUGCUUGUAGUAUUGUGUCCAAAUGAGAUUUUCUUAUUUAGAUAGCACAACAUAUAUAGCAUUCCUGACUGAUAAACUCAGUUCAGUAUUGAUGAAGAACCGAUUGUGUCAUAUGUGUAGCAAUUUUUGGUCGCGACCUGGUGGUUAAGUGACAUUUGUGUGUAACACUGCCACAAAACCGUGAGGCAAAUGGAUAGUGGCGGAUGAGCAGAUGGCGCGGCCAACCAAAGACUCCUCAGAAAGUGAUAGUUGAGCUUGGUUUUGUAUCUAUGUCCUAUUUUUUUUAACUUGCUGGAUCUUUUGACCCUUGUUCUGCUACUCGUUGUUAUCAAGUUUCCCGCAAGUUUAUAGUUCUAAUAAUGAUCGGGAGAUUUGGUUUUUAGAACAUGAGGUAUUGUACCUUAGGAUCUAGUUCAAUUUUUUUUUCCCUCUUGCCUUUUUUUGGCGCUUAUGAAUUGUGAAUUAUGAACAUUUUUUGUAUGAAGUUCACGGAAUGGUGGAUAAUCUGUUGUUGUUACUUA